CCAAACCACCUAUAAUCACGAGGUCCAACAAGGAAGCGUCUGCUGCUGUCCCGAGGAUCUUGUUAUCGCUUGAAAAGCUGAUUAUUCUCACUACUUACAGACAACAACAAACGCCAAAUUGCUUUUCUUUUAUUAUCUUCUCAUUGACUUCGAGAACUACCGUUUCUUUGCUUAAAACAUAAUCUUCGAUAUAAUCGCUCCAAUAUGUCUUCUGAGGAGUUUGAAAAGCUGCAUGAGAUAUACAAAUCUCUAUAUGACGAAGUGAAGCUGAUGCCUGAACGAGCGCAGAGGUGCCAGGGAGAGGAAAGGAAGAGGAUUGUCAGGGACUUUGAUGAGCGUGUUUCAGAGGCUGAAGAAAUGCUUCAGGGCUUGGAACAGGAGCUGUUUGGUGCUCCAUCAUCCUUCCGAACCCCCAUGUCAACAAAGAUUCGUCUGUACCGGCGAGAUCUGGCCAAACUGCAGAGAGAAAUACGCCUCUCAGCAACACCAGGGUUUUCUAGUCACAUUGGAGAUGGCAGUCAAGGGAUUUAUGCCUCUCAGAAUGACCAGAGUACUCAUCUGCAGUCUCAGCGUGCUUUGCUUAUCCAGGGGACAGAGUCUCUAAAUAAUGCGUCAAAGAGUAUUGAGCGAAGUCAACGGAUUGCGGCAGAGACAGACCAGAUUGGCACAGACAUCAUUGAGGAGCUCGGAGAACAGAGAGAACAACUGGACCGCACCAGAGACAGAUUGGUUCACACUGGUGAGAACCUGAGCCGCAGCAGGAAAAUCCUGCGCGCAAUGUCCAGACGACUGGUGACAAACAAAUUGCUACUAUCAGUCAUUAUCAUCAUGGAGCUGGCCAUCUUGGCAGGGGUGGUUUACUUGAAGUUCUUUCGCAGUAGGCAAUGAGACACACAAGACUGUAUAAGACUUCACUUUUCCCUCUUCUUAUUUCUGAUGAUCACGGGUGUCUGGCCCAAUGACAGUGUGCUGGAUGCUUUUGUGACUGUGAGUGUCACAUGGACGUGUAUGGGUGGUUAUUUUAAGCGCUAAACUGUAUUAGCGUAAGUACCGCUCUCAAGGUGAAAAGAAGAUGGUGACCAUGUCACAUUCAGACUGCUGGAGGAUAAGGACCUGUACAAAGAUGGCGUGAUAGGUUUACCCCAUUUUUAGCUGUCUUGAACAAGGUGCCAUAUCUAGUGGAUGUAUGGAUAGACAGUGACAAAGGAGUGACAAAUAAUAUAUAUGCAACCUGUCUGCAUUUUACACACCUCAAUCAUUUUAAAGUGAUGGAUCACUCAAAAAUGAUAAUUCUGUUGUCAUUUACUCACACUAAUGCUGUUCCAAACCUUUCAUUGUUCAUGCAAGUGAAAGUCAAUGGGGUCCAAAACAGCACUGAACCCUGCUGACUUUCAUUGUAUGUAGAAAAAUUAAUUCUUCAAAAUGUCUUCUUUUCUCACAGGCUGGGAAUGACAUGAGGGUAAGUAAAUGAGUAAAUCAUGACAGAUUUUUCAUUUCUGAGCGAACUGUCCCUUUAAGUAAUACUGAACUUGUAACAAAAUGAAUUACAUUGUGUAAUAGACUUUUCUGUGACAAGUGUUAACGUGGCAUUAAAGGUAACAGCUCUUGGGUUU